CUUUUCCACUGAGUAGCCUACGCUGUUUUUAAUGCAAAAACAGGAUUGGACUAUACUGUAUUUGAAUUGUCAUAGUUUUGUGACUCUCAUCCUUUAUACAGUCUAUGCUCUCAUCACACACUGAUGCUGCGAUAAAGAAAACAACCACAUUGGCCUUUUCCUGAUAAAUAAUCACACAAAAACGUAAAAAGGGGAUGUAGUAGACUGUAGAGAACAAUUGUGAAUUGUGAACUUGCAAACAACAUGUUUGCUGUAAAUGUUCAGGCAGCUGAAAGCCUACUCACCCAUCAAAGCUGCAAUGCCACAAGCUUACAGGACAGGACACCAUGCAUGGAAAUGACCCCGUUCAAUGACCUGCACACAAAUGGAACAACCUAAAUUGAGAUAUUAAUACAGUACAAUUCAGAAGAAAAGAGGUGGUUCUAUGCCUUAAAUGUCACUGUUCAUUGGGGCCUUGCUAGCCCUGGAAGCUUCACAAAUAAACACAACACAAGCCAAUUUGACAACAAUUGCACAGCAUUAAAACAAAUAAAAAGUACCUUAAAAAGAAAACAUAACAAACUACACAGUUGGGACAACGGGAGCUGUCCCUGAGGGAAAAAGCGUGUAUUUUUUCAGAUAAUUAGCAAAAGGCUAAUGCUAGGUCAAACAAAAGGACCAUCAUUCCAAAAAAGAGGGAGCGAAAAGUUAGAAAGAACUGUAAAAUAAGUCACCAUACGUUAUAUAUUGAACCACGUCGCUCUCUGGUGGCAGCAUUCGUCCCUUACAAUUGCAAUCUGUAGCGACACUCCUUUAGUUUCCCUUGUGAGCUCGAUGAGCUCCGGGAUAGACUGCAGGACUUUCUGUUGACAGUUCACAACAAUGGCAGAAAUCGAAGCAGCACAACCGGCUCAGGUUGAUGUUUCCAAAAGUAGCAACGACCCAGCUGAAGGAUAUGAGAAGAAAUGUAUUUUCUGCAAGAUUGUAAACAAAGAAAUGGGAACGGAGCUUCUUCACUGUGAUGAGGAGAUCUCAUGUUUCAGAGACAUCAAACCUGGAGCUCCUCACCAUUAUCUGAUCGUACCAACCAAACAUGUAGGAAACUGUAAAUCACUCCGCAAAGAAAACGUGCCUUUGGUGAAGCGCAUGGUCGAGACAGGGAAGGAGAUCCUCCAGAAAAACAACAUAACAGACCUCAAUGAUGUCAGGUUUGGUUUCCACUGGCCCCCCUUCUGUUCUGUCACACACCUACACCUUCAUGUCCUGGCGCCUGCCAGUCAGAUGGGCUUCAUGUCCCGCCUCUUCUACAGACUCAACUCCUAUUGGUUCAUCACAACAUUUUAAUAUUUUGCAGGCGGACCAGCUGAUUGAGCUUCUCAACUCUAAAGGAGACACAAACUGAUCACACACCUUCAAUACUUACAGUUCUUGACUUUUAACUUCUUUCUUCUUGAAGAUGCCAUGUUUGAUGAUACACGCUAACAUUUAUGUUAAUUUAUGUUAACAUUUAUGGCUUGUAAUGACAGUAUUUUAAACUGGUGACAUAUUAGUAAUGGAAGCCGAAUCGUGUUUCUUGCUACUUGAGAUGUGUUAGAUAUGACACACGUUUUUUUUUCAAAUGUUUUUACAGAAGAAGAUCAUUCAAUCUUUUUUAAUAUCGGACGUAAUAAAAAUGCACGUAUUGUAUGGACCAAGGAGCAAACGGUGAUAUUCACCUGUUUCAACUAUUAACACCAAAGGAGGCAUUCUUAUUUUUUUAACUGAAUGUGAAUGUGUGUUGAGUACAAGAAUAUAAAGCCCAUAUGAAUAACAAGCUUUUUUGAUACCUUGAUAUGCUUAAUGAUUUGGAAAUCAGAUUUGAUGCAUGUAUAACUGAGAAAAAGUAUAAGUAAGGAAAAUGAACUAGUGUUAUUCAUAUAUUGAUAUAACAUUUUGGACAGCUGUGAGUUCCUCAGCUAUGUUAAUGUAUUUAUUUAAUGAUGUAGAGAGUAACAUCUUCAUUAACUAUGUACUGUAGGGCUCCUUUACAACAAAAGCAGCUACAUAUUAAUGAGCUUGACAAAAAAACGAGGCAUUUGUUUAAAAAUGACAUUUGAUUUCAUGAAAUUCUGAGGAUUUUUGAAGUUAAUGAUUUGAACUAACCUGUUGGUGAAUGAAGUGAAUAUGUAUGCUAUGACGAAACUGCUGUAUACUAGGGAAUGUAAAGAAUAAACAUCAUACUGUAUAUACUGUAUGAUGUUGUAUGCACUUUAAGAAUUAAUUUAACUAAGAAUAAAUAAUAAAUUGCCAGCU